UCUCAGCCUCCCCAACACGACGCUGUAAAGGUCAAAACUUUCGCGCCUUAAGGCGUCAAAUGCCCAUUUGUGAGUUGGGUUUGGGCUUUUGAGUUGGGUCAAGUUUUGGGUUUUGGGCUUUUUUGUGCUCUGCAAAAACUCCAAAAUCUAAAUGCUGAGAAGGCGAAGGAUGCGAAGAAGAAAAGCUUCAGACUUUCGAUUUUGCUUUUGUGGAUUUGAAAUUUAUUCUAAUUUUUUUUUUUACACAGAGAGAGAGAUGUUGCAGUGCAUAUUUCUGCUAUCGGAUUCUGGUGAGGUAAUGCUGGAGAAACAGCUUACUGGGCAGCGUGUGGACCGUUCGAUAUGCACAUGGUUCUGGGAGCAUACAAUUUCUCAAGGUGAUUCUCCCAAGCUGCAACCAGUAAUUGCUUCGCCAACACACUAUCUUUUCCAAGUUCUUCGCGAGGGGAUAACGUUUUUAGCUUGUACCCAAGUUGAAAUGCCGCCUUUGAUGGGCAUCGAGUUUCUGUGCAGGGUAGCUGAUGUCCUGACAGAUUAUCUUGGCAGCUUGAAUGAAGACUUGAUUAAAGAUAACUUUGUCAUUGUAUAUGAGCUUCUGGAUGAGAUGAUUGACAAUGGCUUCCCUCUCACUACAGAGCCGAAUAUUCUGAGAGAGAUGAUUGCUCCACCAAAUAUGGUAGACAAGGUGUUGAGUGUAGUCACUGGCAACAGUUCCAACAUGAUCGACACACUUCCGGGUUCAACGUCAUCUUGCAUUCCAUGGAGAACAACAGACCCAAAAUAUGCAAACAAUGAAGCUUAUGUUGAUCUUGUUGAAGAAAUGGAUGCAAUUAUAAACAGGGAUGGGGUCCUGGUGAAAUGUGAGAUAUAUGGUGAAGUUCAAGUAAACUCCCAUCUCUCUGGUGUCCCUGAUUUGACUAUUUCAUUUGCAAACCCUGCUAUUCUUGAUGAUGUAAGAUUUCAUCCAUGUGUUCGAUUUCGCUCAUGGGAAGCCCAUCAAGUUCUGUCGUUCGUGCCCCCUGACGGACAGUUUAAGUUGAUGAGUUACAGGGUUAGAAAGCUGAAGAGCUCUCCAAUCUAUGUAAAGCCCCAGCUAACCUCAGAUGCUGGGACAUGUCGUGUUAGUGUGUUGGUUGGAAUACGAAAUGAUCCUGGAAAGACAAUUGAUUCAAUAACUGUACAAUUUCAACUUCCUCCCUGCAUUUUAUCAGCUCAUCUGAAUUCGAAUUAUGGAACCGUGAACAUUCUUGCUAACAAGACAUGUUCAUGGACGAUAGGGAAGAUUCCUAAUGACAGAGCCCCUGCAAUGUCUGGGACACUAGUGCUUGAAACAGGAUUAGAGCGCCUUCACGUUUUUCCGACAUUUCAAGUGGGUUUUAGGAUCAUGGGUGUUGCCCUCUCUGGCUUGCAAAUAGAUAAACUGGAUUUGAAGAAUCUACCAAAACCACCUUAUAAGGGUUUUCGAGCUCUCACUCGAGCAGGGGAAUUUGAAGUCAGGUCAUAAUGCACCGAUAUGAAUCCCUAUUUGUGAAAAUUACUCAGAAUGUGAUUAAUUAUGUGCUGCAGUUUGUAAUUUGUAAAUUUGUUUUUGUAACAUAGCAUUUCGGUCUUGAGAGUGCCUUCGAUUUAGCUGAAAUGGAUUUGUAACGGUUUUUCUGUUACUGAAGAAAUGAAAAUUACAGUGUUUUACAGAA